GCUUGCUAGGUCAACGGAUAUGGCGCAAUUCUUCAAUGGAGGAUUGGCCGAGGAUCAAAUCUCUGUCUGCAUACAUUGGAAGUUUGCUUGAUGCCAUUAGGAAUGGAUCGGAUGUAAGAGGUUAUUUCACAUGGUCUUUCUUGGAUGUACUUGAGAUGCUGGAUGGCUAUCAAUCAGGAUACGGCCUCUACUAUGUAGAUUUGGAUGAUCCGGAUUUGCGAAGGUACCCUAAGCUCUCUGCUAAUUGGUACUCCCAGUUUCUGAAGGGAAAAACCAUGAACUCUAAUGGAACUUUUGAGCAGGAGGUUUUAUGGUUUGCUUCCUAAUUUGUACUUGUUAGAUACAGAAAAAGAGAAAUAUUUGAAGAAAGAUUUAUUACUUUCUUGAAUAAUACUGUACGUACAAUGAUUGUGUUAAUAUAGGUGUUUAUAAAAAGAAUAUUCUAAG